AUGACUGACAAUCCAUCGAUCAUGAGCGUCUUCAACCUCACUUUAGUCUCAUACUACAACAAUCCAAAUCUAGUAACCAUGGCCACCAACUCCUUCAUAAUAACAUUCCUCGGCGAUGUCAUGCUAGGUCGCCUAAUCGACCAACUCCUUCCAAACCACGUCGACAGCCCAACAGACGCCCGCAAAGCCGCCCAUUUUAAAUCCGAAGACCCAUCCUUAGAACCCGCAAAUUAUACUCUUUCAACACCAUGGGGCACAACACUCCCCCUCCUCCGCACCUCAGAUCUCCUUCUCAUCAAUCUCGAAACAUCAGUAACCACCACCAGCUCACCAUGGCCAAACAAGGAAUACAACUACCGUAUGCACCCAGCAAACCUAGCCCCCGUCCUACACGCCGCAAGAGUUGACUACACCAGUCUCGCAAAUAAUCAUAUCCUCGAUUACAGUACAGAAGGUCUGAUUGAGACGGUUUGGACAUUAAAAGAAGCUGGUAUCUCUUUUGCAGGCGCAGGCGAGAAUACGGACGAAGCGUAUAAACCCGCUAUUUUAUAUCUCCCACGAUCGUUGCAGGAAUACCAUUCCCGACGGGUAGAUGGAGAGAAAGUACUAUCUACUCGGUGGAGUCAACAAGAGAGAGAGGUACUAGAUGCGCCGGGAACUGGUUAUCCAAUUUAUGUGUAUUCGGCCUCCGAUCACCCCCAGGAAUGGGGUGCUACCGUUCCCAACUUCCAUUUUAUUGAGUACUCACCUGCGACGAGGGAACGGUUGCGCAAAUUAUUAUUAAAGGACGGGUCGGCGGCGCCGGCACUAAAGAUCUUCUCGGUGCAUUGGGGUUCGAAUUAUAAAUGGUGUCCUCCAGAUCACAUACGGUCUUUAGCGCACUUUCUGAUUGAUGAGUGUGGAGUUGGUAUUGUGCAUGGACAUUCGUCGCAUCAUGUUCAGGGUGUGGAGGUCUAUCGGGGCAAGGUCAUUAUAUAUGGCUGUGGGGAUUUUGUGGAUGAUUACGUGGUGCAUGAGAAAUAUAAGAAUGAUCUUGGUGCUGUGUGGAGGAUCAUUGUCACAGGUGAAGCCAAGAGGCUUGUGCUCAAUCGAUUGGAGGUAUUUCCUACACGGAUUGAUCAUUUUCGAGCCAAUCUGCUUGAUAAAAGUGAUAAAGAUCAUGAAUGGGUAACGGAGAAGAUCCGGGAAUUAAGUGUGGAUUUAGGGACUGCUGUGCGCAAUGAUACAGGAGAUCAAGGCCAAAUUCUUAUUGAUAUAAGUUGA